GCCAGUCAGUACUGCGCGCGCCGUCAACAAGAACGGAGCUCUGUUCUUCGUUUCCACGAGGAUCAAGACACGUGGUUAAUACAUCAAGUAAAAACACCUGUGAAACGUAUCACAGUUAAAAAAUGUAUAAACAACUAGUAACGAAUGAUUGAACUAUCAACAAUCAUUGCGAUUCGUCAAUCAUCAAAAAGCGCCAGUUUAAAAGUAGAUCAAAGCUUCUGCAGCAUCCAUUCGAUUUAUACCGAUCAUAUAUCAACAGGCCAUUCGAUUUCUUGGAACAAGUUGAGGAAAACUGUUAGUGUCGGAAUCAGUGCCAGUAUACGUGCAAGCUCAUCCGUACGAGAUUUAAAAUUGCUCAAUCGACUUCAACUGGAAAAUGUAACGCGUGGCUUGGACGCAGGACAUGUAAGAAAGAGAUUGAGAAGAGACCUUAAUUAGCAGUGGCCGUAAGGAAAUGAGAAUUAAUGGACCAAGUGACUAAGGGAUCAAGUGUUCUAAGGGAUGAGAAAUCGUCGUCAUUUAACCUACGUAUGAUUAACAGCAGUGAUUAUCGAUAACGAGCACCAUGGGAAUCUGCGAGGAGGUGAGCUCGUUAUCCCGUCUUCUGGUGCCGCCCGGAAGACACCUUGUGUGGUCCUGGAAAAGCGAAAAUGGUACCACUGUGCGCGUAAGUGGGACGACCAAUUCAGAUGGGGACUGUAUUGUAGAGCUGGUGAACGUCUUUGUUGCCGUUUUGACAUUCUUCGUCGCCUGUGUUCUGUCAGUCAAGUAUAGAUGCACGAAAACACACAAACUAACAGCUGUUUUACUUCCGCUGCAUAAUACAAGAACAUUAUUAUGCAUCUCGUUACUAUUGAUACUCCUAUUCGAGCUCUUGGAAUCCUUACUAGUACCGGCAGCUAUACUUCCAUUUCUGAGUAUCCUGGCAACAAUCUCUUGCUGGGUGGUCCAUCGUCAAACGGAAGUAAGAGAUGGGCUCGGAGUGGCGAUUUCCGGCGGUGGAUUUACAAUAAUGGCCGUGGCGCGUGCAUGGAGAUUAAUUUAUUUACACAGAUUUGGCCUUACCAUCGUAUACGUUCGAAUGUUUUCUACUGCCGCCGCAUCCUGCUGUUGCGGUUUGCUCGCCAUGAUUGAUUCCUUUACGCUUUACAAAAUGAUGCGAAGGAGUAAACGGUACACGGUACGUCACAUCGAACAUACACACACUUCCUACCAGCAUGAUAGCUCUACAUUACUCAGCAGACUCACUUUUCACUGGGUUGUCAAACUUUUGGCACGAGGGUAUCAAGCGCCCUUGGAUUUACUCGACCUUGGUGAGUUACCGGAAGCGGAAACUACCAAGGUGCAGUUUGAGAAAUUUCGUAGCAUCUAUGAGGAUGAGAAAAAAAAAUGUAAAAAUGGCAAGUUGUCUUUAUGGAGAUGCUUCUGGAGGCGAGUUUGGUUUUCUUUUACUAUUGGCGGCAUUCUUAAGCUAUUAGGGGAUGCUACGACUCUUGUGGGACCAAUGGCCAUUUCGAGAAUUAUUGAUUAUAUUUCUGCUACUCAAAAUUCAACUGUGGGUCAUCGUAAUAUUAAUUAUGGGAAUUUUGUUACCAUUCAUCAACUAAUUCAAAAUGGAUACUUCUUGGGGGUUUUGAUAUUUCUUGCGGUCAUUUUACAAAGUACACUCAGCCAGGCGUCGACGCAUAUUCUAAAUAUCGAAGGUAUUCAUCUCAGAACAGCUCUUCAGGCAUUAGUGUAUGAUAAAGCUCUAAGACUUUGCUCGUGGAGUAUUAUCGAGGAAGAGAAACCACCUGAAAAGGAAAAAGAGAAGGACGUACAGCGUCAUCAAACGGCAGACAUUGGAACACUAACAAAUUUAAUGGCCGAAGAUGCGUACAACGUAAUGAGCUUCUUUUGGAUCGGCCAUUACACUUGGGCUGUACCACUGAAGAUCUUUGCUAUAAUUUUUCUUCUUUAUCUAAAAUUGGGAAUCAGUGCUAUUGUCGGUGCAGUCUGUUGCAUCUUAAUAGUCACUCCAAUGCAGCUAUAUCUGGGAAAGAAAAUGUCGAUCAACUCAAAAUCAAUUACAGAAAGGAGCGACGCACGACUUAGACUAGUCAAUGAAGUUCUUCAGGGGAUGCGUUUAGUGAAGCUUAGAGCAUGGGAGGAUCUCUUUGAAAAUAGAAUCCGACAAACUAGAAAUCAGGAACUGAAACUAUUAGACAAGGAUUCUUUCUACUGGGCGUUGAUUACUUUUCUUACGCACGCUUCCUCAGUUCUGAUGACUCUGUUCACAUUCGGCGUUUACUUUUGGGUGGAAGAACGACAUUUGGAUGCUGGAAAUGUCUUUGCCAGUCUGGCCUUAUUUUCACAACUGACUGUACCGCUGUUCAUAUUCCCCGUUAUAGUUCCCAUUAUUAUAAACGCAAUGAUCUCGACGACGAGACUUGAGGAAUUCUUGCUCCUACCGGAAGCUGUGAAUAUACUUCCUGAUGAGGAAGUAAAUGACACUGGAAGUAUUGAUAAUUCCAAAAACAAUUCUAUCGGCAGCGUCGCAGAGGCGAAUAACACUCAGGGUGUAUUAAUUUUUGGUUCUUUGGACAACAUCGAAGAAGGAGAGGAGGAUCAUCACUGUCAUUUAAAUAUAAACGAUGACUUAACUCAUGCAUCAUCUUCUGAUACGGUUUUUGAAAAAGAUUCCGAUUUCAAAGAUUUUGUAGUCAGGAUGGACGGGAUCUUCUCUUGGGGUUGCGAGGACAAUCAGCUAAUAGUUAAUGAUCUUUGUUUUCCACGAGGUAAACUGACCCUGGUCGUUGGUCGAAUUGGAAGUGGGAAAACGUCCUUACUCUCGGCGAUACUUGGAGAAAUAUCCAAAGUUAGUGGAAGAGUCGAAUGGGCCAAGGGUACGAAAGUAGCGUACGUAGCACAAAAGCCAUGGCUCCUUAACGCAACACUAAGGGAUAACAUCCUCUUUGGCUCUGAAUAUCGUCCUAGAAGAUAUCGUAGUGUUCUGAGAGCCUGUGCUCUGCAACCUGAUGUGGACAUCCUGCCAGGUCGAGACUUGACAAGGAUCGGAGAAAAGGGAAUAAAUCUAAGCGGUGGUCAGAAGCAGAGGAUCACAAUAGCCAGAGCCAUCUAUAGCGAUGCUGACACCAUAAUCUUGGACGAUCCAUUGUCGGCCUUGGACCAACAAGUAGGGCAACAAAUUUUUGACCAUGGUAUUCAAAGACUCUUACUCAGAAGAGGUCGUUCCGUGAUCAUGGUGACCCAUAGAUUAGAAUUGAUGUCUGCAGCCGAGCAGAUCGUAGCUAUGGAAGGAUGUAGACUUCGUGCAGUAGGAUCUAGAUCUUGGAUCGAAGAUCACGAUCCUGAAUUGGCAGCUGAAUGGAAGGAAGCUGCGCGUAGGCAGGACGAUCAACAUCGAGCACACAAAACUGCUAGAGAUCGGUGGUCCUUGGUGAGAUUGAUAUCAAGGAUUGGUAUCACCGUUAGACAUAGACAUACCAGCGAUGGCUCCUGGAGCACUGAUCAAGAUGCUCACGUGACACCGCCAACCUUCGUCCCACUCAGAAUGAGAAGGUCUACAUUGUUAGGUUCUAGAUACCUUGCGCAUGAUCUUACUGAUCUUCCAGUACCGACCGAAGAGUGGGGAAUUGUUAGAAGAAGAUCAAAAAAACAUCGAAAUGCUGUAAGAGCCACUAGUCUUCAGCCACCAAAACAUCCACCACCAGUCUUGCGACAGAGUAGUACUCCCACUAUAUUAGAAAGUCAUUAUAUAGUUCCUAGGAAGAGAUACAAUACCAUUGACAAUGGCCAGCAUAACAGUAUGCUCAAGCAGAUCUUCUCUGGGAGGAUAGUGAGCCUUAAUUCAGAAGAGGCUACACUUAGUAGGGAACGAAGUGUACUUCGUAAACUGAUGUCUACAAACACGAACAAAAGUACCCCAACGCAAGAGUGGGAUCAUCAUCCCGUGAAGAGGCUUCUGUCUACGGAGUCUGGAAUCGUCGAUGAUGUGGACGACGAGGAUGAUAAAAACUCGAGCUCUCAUCAUUUAAAUCCAGGAGAAGAUCUUCGCGAAGAUACUAGUGGUUUGGUCACUUCUGUGGUAUGGCUGGAUUAUUUAAAGGCUGGCGGUAUAGGACCUGGUCUCACUUACAUUGCUGCAGCUUUGGCUUGUCAGGCACUUCGGGUUUAUACUGAUUUAUGGUUGAGUAGAUGGACAGAUCAAGGAAGUAUGCCGAACUCAUUCAAACGUAGACACGAAGAUACGGUUUUUUACUUCAAAAUCUACAUAGCCCUAUCAGUAGGAUCUAUCCUUCUGUCGGCUCUUUAUAAUGGAGUUGGACAAUGGGCUGGUGCAAGAGCUCGUCGAUGUCUUCACCAGGAAGCCAUCGCAGGUCUUCUCAAGGCUCCAUUAUUUUUUUUCGAGCACACGCCGAUCGGAAGGAUACUAAAUAGAUUCAGUGCCGAUAUGGGUGUUAUUGAUAAGAAAUUGUCUACAUCGGUGCAGCGACUCACAGCUUUUAUGCUUCUUUGCGGCUCCGCCAUGCUGGUCAAUGCCAUAAUUUCACCUUGGUUUUUGAUUGCCGCACUUCCAACCUGUAUGGCUUAUUACUUCCUGCAACGUUUCUAUAGGCGAAGUGCACGGGAACUUCAAAGACUUGACGGAAGCACUCGUGGUCCAGCUUCGGCACAUUUUUCUGAGACACUUGCUGGUCUCACAACACUGAGGGCUUCUAAACAGCAAUCGCGAUUUAUGGAAGACAUGGUCGAGCAUUUAGAUUCAAAUUCUAAUGCAUUCCUUAUUCUGAACACGAGUAGCAGGUGGCUGGGAAUUGCUUUGGACUAUUUAGGUGCAGUUAUUGUGAUAGCUGCAAUUUUUACUGCAAUUAUAUCCGCUGAAUUGUAUCCCAGUCGUGUUACUCCAGCCCUUGUUGGCCUAGCUGUUAAUUACACCUUGUUAGUGCCAAUAUAUUUGAACUGGGUAGUCAAAUUCGUUUCCGAAAUCGAAAUGUACAUGGGCAGUGUAGCGCGUCUAUCUGCCUAUACAAAAACGCCACAAGAAAAUUAUCGAGAGAAUGGUUACAGUGUAUCAAAGGAAUGGCCCAGUAAGGGGGAAAUUAUUUUCGAAUCUGUCUCACUAAGAUAUGAUCCUCAGAGAGAGCCUGUGAUUGUGAAUCUUAACUUGCAUAUACCUCCUGGUCAAAAACUGGGUAUAUGCGGCCGAACCGGCAGCGGAAAGUCUUCAACAGCCAUGUCUUUGCUUCAGUUGGUUGAAAUUAAUCAAGGUCGUAUCCUCCUGGAUGGUAUCGAUAUUCGUCAGGUUCCUCUACGUACCCUUAGAUCACGACUAUCCACUAUUCCCCAGGAUGUCAUUAUGUUCAGCGGCACGGUUAGGGAAAACCUAGACCCCUUAUGCCAACAUACGGAUGAAGAACUGUGGUCUGCUUUGGAAUUGGCCCAGAUAAAAGAUAUUAUCUCAUCUCAUCCAGAAGGACUAAAUUCUGAAGUACGAGAAGGUGGUGAAAACUUCUCAGCUGGUCAACGUCAACUUUUAAGUAUGGCGCGUGCUGCAUUACGUCAAUCUGCUGUUGUAAUCUUAGAUGAAGCAACUAGUGCUUUGGAUCCAACUACAGAACAGUCAUUACUACGUGCUGCCUCAUUAGCGUUCAAAAGUCGAACAGUAAUCACAAUAGCGCAUAGAGUCGCUUCUCUAUUAGACUGUGACAGGGUCAUAGUUUUCGACGAAGGUAAAGUCGUAGAAGAUGGACCACCAAAGGAUCUCAUGAGAAGACCAAUGGGCUUUUUCUCAGCGAUGCUGAGAGCGUCAGAAGACACCAAAGAAAAAACCUAACAUGACAAAAAUAUUUCUACGGCAAUCCAUCGAUGAUAUAUCGAUCAUCCAAAUACUCAGUAUUUUAAUUAAUUAAGUUAGAGAGGUCCAAUAUAAAUACGACUGUCCGAAAUAUAUUGGAAGGUUGGACAGCCGAUGAAAAAAAAAACGAGAUUAUUAAGCGUCUAUUUUACCAAUAGAAAAUGAAAAUAUUCCAUAUUUCUAUGUACAUAAUUCAUUUGUCUCGUUAAUAGGUUCCCGAAGUGUGACAAAGGCGUGGAACUAUUUUUCUAAUGUUAACGGAGUGUUAGACGUUGUAUUAUAGAUUUACAUUUUGUGUACAUAAUGCGCCGCGUUACGCCGGUGUAAAGUAAAUACCUAAUAAAUAUCCAAAGUCAUAACUA